AAGCUCAUCCUCUCAAGCAACGUACUCAAGCGCUCUGAGCGCAUGCUCGACCCCAGCGACCCCGGACAUGCGAAGCUCAUCGCCGCUGCUACCAAAGCAGGAUCUGAGUACUACGACAGCGACGCCGACGAGCUGCCCGGCAACGUGAAAGAGACAAACAAACCACAACUGUUCCGCAACGUCAGGUGGGGCUCGCUAGCAACAGACUACUCCAAUCCCGCCGAUUUCACUACAGAGCCCGAGUUCACACAAUUCGUACCUGGCCGCUUCGAGCGGCUCCCGGACGGCACUGCCUCUGAUCAGAAGGGCAAGUUGAUUAUCAAGCUGACUGACAAACAACACCGCCAGCGUAUCUUCCUUAAUCCGCCGCCGCGCGACUGGAAUAACCAAGAAGCCAUCACCGCGCUGAACAAGCGCACCGUGCAGCAAAUCCGGCGCAACACUUUCAUUCGGUUCAGAGAGGUGGUGGAGCCGUAUGUGGAGGAGGAGCGGGAGUGGAUUCUUGCGCAUUUGACAGAGGGCAAGCCGACGGGUGGGUGGAAGAAGUUCGUCCACGCGUUCAACCGGGAGUUUGAGGGGAGGGUGUUGGGGCCUAGUGGCGUGAAGAGGCCGGAGAGAAGCCACUCGAGCUUGACGAAGGAGGUCGAGCGGUUUGGGGAGGUGUAUGCGAGGGGUGUGGUGCCG